GCCUGCGCACGCGCGGUACGGGAUGGAGCCCGUGCGGCAAGAUGGCGGCGCUCCGCCCCUCCGCGUGCGAGGGCGCGUGGGGCGGCAAAGAUGGCGCUGCGCUGGGGGGAGGCGUUGCUGCGGGGCGUGGGGCGGCGGCUGUGGGCCAGGGAAACCCCGCGGCUCUGCAGCACCGAAACAGCACCCAAACCCCUCUCAGCGCCUCCGUCCCCCUACCAGGAGCGACCCUGGGAGUACCUGGAGAGCGAAGAGUAUCGCAUGGCGUACGGUGACAAACCAGUCUGGCAGGGCUACCGCCGCAACUACAAGGGCUCCAUCCCACCUCAGCACACCCGCAAGACCUGUGUGCGCAAGGGGAAGCCAGUGGGAAACCCCUGCCCCAUCUGCCGCGAUCGCAACCUCCACGUGCAUUUCCAGAACGUGAAGCUCCUGGACCAGUUCAUUUGUCCGCACUCCGGCGUCAUCUUCCACCCCACGCACACGGGGAUCUGCAUGAAGCAGCACAAGCUCCUGACCAAGGCCAUCGCGCAGGCGCAGGAUCACGGUCUCCUGUGGCUGCAGGUACCCUAUGUCCCCGUUCCCCGAGACGACUUCUCCAACCGCCACGCUGCGGUCAGCAGAACGCCCGCCGCACCCGCACUGGCACCGGGGCAGGUCUGGUACCCCUGGUACGAGCGGCAGCCGCCGCCACCCACCGCCCUCGCGCGCCUGCGCCGCCUUUACAAGGGCUUCCUCAAGGAAGAAAGGGACCCAGCGGCAGCAGGGGCUUCCCCUGGCACCCCCCCCACCCCCCCUGCGCAGCGCAGCACAGAAUAAAGCGGUUAAAACGCCCUAAAACUCGAGUUUU